AUGUUCAACAUGUUCUCCGGUAGUGGCCGCCACCGCCGCUCUGAUCGGUCCAGAAAUAGUCGGUACCGAGAUGACUCUCCUCCUGAACGUCAUGGCCACUCCCAUCGUCAUCACGGCCGCCGCCGUCGUCGUCGAUCAGAACCGGAUGGCAUCCCACCACCCGCGCCAUCUCCACCACCGGCUUACGAGGAGUACCCCGUUUCCCGCAGUCCUCCACGUGGCGGCGGUGGCAGAGACACCACACCAGAAGGUAUAAGAUAUACAAACCCACCGCGCGAGCCACGACGUACGCACCGAACGUACGCCGACCCUGGACCGUUCAUGUCAGGUGCACGCAGUCCGUUCGAUGAUGAUCCCCUACCAAGAAGGACAGGGGUGCCUGACCCUGAACCUGGUGUUCGGUGCUACGUUCCUGACCCCAGACACGACGACGACGACGACGACCCGUACAACACUCCUCCUCGUCGUCAUCCAGACGUAUGGUACGACCGGCCAGACAGCAAUGGAUUCAGACCGGCACGGACGUCGUUCGAUACCAGGUUCUCCGCCGGCCGCCCAUCGUACUACACUCCUCGGAGUGGUGGUUUGAGGCCCGGUGAAAACGAACCUCGUCCACCUCGGAGGCGCGUCUACCUCGAUCCCACGUGGCCUGGGCCAGGCUACGGCGGCGGCGGCGGCGGCGGCUCGUCGACGAAUCGCUAUCGGGAUCGAAGUUCGGGAUACUUUCGAUUUUCAAGGGGGGGAUAG